AUGUUUUACAAUAGGUGGCUCGGAACGUGGCUAGCCAUGUCUGCUUUAAUAAGGAUCUCAGUAUCCCUUCCGUCAUCUGAGGAGUACAAAGUGGCAUAUGAGCUGUUGCCAGGGUUAUCUGAAGUGCCAGACCCUUCAAAUAUUCCACAGAUGCAUGCUGGCCAUAUUCCUUUACGUUCCGAAGAUGCGGAUGAACAGGAUAGCUCUGACUUGGAGUACUUUUUUUGGAAGUUUACCAAUAACGACUCUAAUGGCAAUGUCGACCGUCCCUUAAUUAUAUGGUUAAAUGGUGGACCCGGUUGCUCUUCCAUGGAUGGUGCCUUGGUCGAAUCCGGCCCUUUUAGGGUGAAUUCAGACGGUAAACUUUAUCUAAAUGAAGGGUCCUGGAUAUCCAAAGGCGAUCUUUUAUUUAUCGACCAACCUACUGGUACUGGGUUUUCUGUCGAACAAAAUAAAGACGAAGGUAAAAUCGACAAAAACAAAUUUGACGAAGACCUAGAAGAUGUGACCAAGCAUUUUAUGGAUUUUCUGGAGAACUAUUUCAAGAUUUUUCCAGAAGACCUCACUAGGAAAAUCAUACUAUCGGGUGAAAGUUACGCUGGCCAAUACAUACCAUUCUUUGCCAAUGCAAUUUUGAACCAUAACAAAUUUUCAAAGAUCGACGGGGAUACAUACGACUUGAAGGCGCUAUUGAUUGGUAACGGUUGGAUUGACCCCAAUACACAGUCCCUAUCGUACCUUCCGUUUGCUAUGGAGAAGAAACUGAUUGAUGAAAGCAACCCCAAUUUCAAACACUUAACGAACGCACACGAGAAUUGCCAGAAUCUGAUAAACUCUGCCAGUACAGAUGAGGCAGCCCAUUUUUCGUAUCAGGAAUGUGAGAAUAUUUUAAACCUUCUAUUGUCUUAUACCAGGGAAUCUUCGCAAAAGGGAACAGCGGAUUGCUUGAACAUGUAUAACUUCAAUUUAAAAGAUAGUUAUCCAUCUUGUGGUAUGAAUUGGCCGAAAGAUAUUUCCUUUGUCAGUAAAUUCUUCAGCACACCUGGUGUUAUUGAUUCGUUGCAUCUUGAUUCUGAUAAAAUUGAUCAUUGGAAGGAAUGCACUAAUAGCGUUGGAACUAAAUUGUCUAAUCCUAUUUCAAAGCCAUCUAUCCAUUUAUUACCUGGUCUACUUGAAAGUGGAAUAGAGAUUGUCUUGUUCAAUGGUGACAAAGACUUGAUUUGUAAUAACAAGGGCGUAUUAGAUACUAUAGACAAUCUAAAAUGGGGUGGAAUAAAGGGAUUUAGCGACGAUGCUGUUUCGUUCGAUUGGAUCCAUAAAUCGAAGAGUACAGACGACAGCGAAGAAUUUAGCGGAUACGUGAAGUAUGAUAGAAAUUUGACGUUUGUUAGCGUUUAUAAUGCUUCUCACAUGGUACCCUUCGAUAAAAGUUUAGUGAGUAGAGGCAUUGUCGAUAUUUACUCGAACGAUGUUAUGAUCAUUGACAACAAUGGGAAAAAUGUUAUGAUUACUACUGACGACGAUAGUGAUCAAGAUGCUACUACUGAAAGCGGUGAUAAGCCAAAAGAAAACCUCGAAGAGGAAGAACAGGAAGCGCAGAAUGAGGAAGGAAAGGAAAAAGAAGGCAAUAAAGAUAAAGAUGGCGAUGAUGAUAACGACAAUGAUGACGACGAUGAAGACGAUCACAACUCCGAGGGCGACGACGAUGAUGACGAUGACGAUGAUGAAGACGAUAAUAAUGAAAAACAAAGUAAUCAAGGCCUCGAGGAUAGUAGACAUAAAUCUUCAGAAUAUGAACAAGAAGAGGAAGAGGUAGAAGAAUUUGCAGAAGAGAUUUCAAUGUAUAAACACAAAGCGGUAGUAGUUACCAUCGUUACAUUUUUGAUAGUGGUUUUAGGAGUUUAUGCGUAUGAUAGAAGAGUGAGGAGAAAAGCGCGUCACACAAUUUUAGUUGAUCCAAAUAAUAGACAACAUGACAGUCCCAAUAAGACAGUUUCAUGGGCAGAUGAUCUGGAAAGCGGACUCGGGGCAGAAGAUGAUUUAGAACAAGAUGAGCAGUUAGAAGGCGGAGCACCCAUAAGUAGCACUUCUAACAAAGCAGGAUCUAAAUUGAAAACUAAGAAAAAGAAGAAGUAUACUAGCCUUCCGAACACUGAAAUCGAUGAAUCUUUUGAGAUGACUGAUUUUUAA